UUUAAUAGUACUUCGUUGUGAUAUUCGCCCAGUUUGUAUGGAGAUAUAAAUAAACAGAUUUGUGUAGCUAUAUAUAUAUUAUUUGAAAUCUUAUUUAACACUUUUGUGAGACGAAUUAUAAGUGUGCGGAGGAAUAUGAAUAUUCAUGAGUUCACUGAAUAUCGUUAAACGUCAAACAACUGUUCACUAAAGGUCUUGUCCUAAAGAAUGACUUGAGAGGAUUUCCAGGCAAGUGUCGCACUAAUCUACUGAAAAAAAAAGUGCUGUCUUUGAGGAAAAUCUCUGAAGCCAGAUCUGAAUAGCAAAUCUGUGAAUAACAAACAUUUGAAUUCAAGCCAUGGAUGUUUUAAACCCGGAGGACGUCAGCUUGUAUGAGGACUAUUACAAUUCUGAUGGACUUGAGGAGUUUGGACUGUGCAAGAAGACGCACGUUAAGGAGUUCAGCUAUUUGUUUCUACCUACGUUCUACUCUGUUACCUGUGCGCUGGGGAUUAUCGCUAAUUUAACCCUUGUGGUGUUGCUGGUCAAAUAUAAGACUCUGAGGAUGGUUUUACCUCUUCAGAUGGUCAUAUCGGACAUCCUGUUCACACUGAGCCUUUCUUUCUGGGCGGUCUACGCCGGCAGCGAGUGGAUCUUCGGCGAUCACAGCUGUAAAGCGAUCACGUUCGUUUACAUGGUUAGUUUGUACAGCAGCAAUCUUUUUGUCGCCAGUCUGAGCUUGCAGAGAUUUUUGGACGACGCACGCGUUGAUUCCACCCUCAGGAUCUUCAGAAGUUCAAAGAGGAACGGCGUUUUGUGUGCCAUCGUGUGGCUUUUCUCAAUUUUGGCUGCGGCUGUUCAUGUCAGCUUUGUGGAGUUGCAAAAAUUCCACGAGAAGAUCGUUUGCACUUAUCAUUUCAAUGAUGGGUUCGGUUGGAAAGUCUACACGAGGUUUCAGAUGACCCUGCUUGGGUUCGUCAUACCGUUUCUCGUGCUUGUUUUCUGUUGGAUACGAUAUUGCAGUGUUGUUGUGGGAAGAAGCAGAUUCCAGAGGUUUCGACUGGAAACCGGAUUCACCGUGAUGUUUUUUCUCCUCUGGUUCCCCUACAGCGUUGUCAUUUUCCUGCAUGCCUUGCAAGACCUUCACUUUUUUUACGCUUGCACCACUAACAUACAGUUUGACUUCGCCAUUCAGGUGACCGAGUCCAUUGCCUUCACGCAUGUGCUCGUAAACCCCCUGUUGUACAUGUUUCUAAACAAAAAAGUCUGGAAACGGUUAAGAAAUGCGUUUAAGACUCCGAGGGAGUAUCUGCUGGAGGAAUCCAGCAGUUCAUCAAAUGGGUCGGGUCAGGGUGAUGAUAUCGAGCUGAAGUCGGUCCAACGAUGUCAAGCCCAUGAUGUGAACUUUUGUGCUGAACGACCGAAUAAUUUACUACCUGAGCUGAAAUGAAAGCUUUGUGUUCUUUGGUUUUUAGCACAUUAUUAAACAUAAUAGUUUCAAUAACUAAUUUUAAUUAGCCAUGAUGACAUAUUAUACCAGUUAUUUUGCAAGAUACUAGUAUUGAGUUUAAAGUGCGAUUUAAAUGCAUAGCUAGGUUAAUUAGGUUAACUAGUUGUUGGAUAAUAGUGGUUUGUUCCAUAGUCAAUCAGAAAAAAAAUAUCUUAAGAAUUAACCUUUACCUUUGUGUGCUGUUGGGUUGUUUCAUCCACUUUGGGGUGAUUUUGAGUCGUAAUUUGGCCGUAACUUUAUCUGUGUUUCAGCAAAUGAUUUUUGGUAACAAAUCUGAUUUUUAUACAUAUUUUAGGAAAAUGCUUUGAAAUUAAAAAAAAAAUAAAAAUUCAGGUUGGAUGGCUGUUUUUGUCCCAAAUUAUUUUUGCAAUCAAAAUAUGUUGUUAUAAUCGAAGUCAAUGGGCAAAAACAGCCACAAACAUAACGAACCUGAUUUCACCAAGUGAGACAUCUUCCUGGAUUAACAUCUAUGU